UGUAAAUUGUACAAUUUUAUGUUAUGUUUUAUUUGUUUAUUUUUAGUUGUUUACAUUUGGAUAAAAUUUAGCAUUUUGUUUGCUUGCUUAGAUACUUUAUUUUUACCUAUUUUAUCAUUUAUUUUCUUUAAAUUUUGUUGUUUAAAUUACUCCAUUGUUUUUAUUUUUCUUCUGUUUCUCUCCAUUGGUAACACCAAUCAGAGUGUGCAGAUCGUGUCAAUGGAAUGACUACAAUCAAAUUGAAUGGCUUUUAGCAUUUGUUUUUUUUUGCUUGUUUGUAUAAAUCCGUUGAUUAGUACUGCCUACCAAAUUUGGAUGUGUUUUAGGAAAAAAAUGAAAAUACAAAACUAGUUUUAAUAUAAAAAAACAGACGCUGGGAAAAAAAGAAUAUGAUUAAGCAAGCUUUGGGUCGGCCUGUUAUCCUCAAAAAUUUAGGUUUGACGUCCUAUACCUCUGCAAUGGCCAUCAUGAACUCCAUCGCACAACAAAAGCAGCAAUUUCAAUGCAGAAAAACAUCAUCAGAACCACUCGAUCAUGUACUGAUUUGUCAACACAAGCCUGUGUAUACAGUAGGGAUAAGAAGGAAAGACUACAUGGACGAAUCUGUCAUUGAAAACCUCAAAAGUUUACAUAGUGAAUUUCACUACACAGAUAGAGGUGGAUUGAUUACUUUUCACGGUCCUGGUCAGUUAGUCUGUUAUCCUGUUUUGAAUUUAAAACAGUACAAGUUAAGCAUUCGAUGUUAUAUUAACAUGUUGGAAGAUGUCCUUAUUAGAACGUGUCAGCAUUAUGAUAUUAACGCCCACCGUACGGAAAAUGUCGGGAUAUGGGUGGGCGAAAACAAGAUAGCUGCUAUUGGAGUACAUUGUAGAAGAUAUAUAACAAGUCAUGGACUUGCUCUGAACUGUGACACCGAUCUAAGAUGGUUCGAUCAUAUCGUGCCAUGUGGUAUACCAGACAAAGGCGUGACUUCCAUUACUAAAGAAUUAUCAAAAGUUGUUGGUGUUGAUGAAACGAUACCAGUAUUAAAGAAAAACUUUGAAAAAGUAUUCUCCUGUAACGUCAUUGAUGAAGAACCAACUAACUAGAACUGAUUAUAUCGAUACGUGUUUUGUUUAAGCAAAAUAUUUAUUGUAUAUGCGAAAUGUAUGAUUUUUUCAGUGAUGCACCAUUUUGCAAUCUUAUUUGUCAACAAACACAAAAGCGUUGUGUGUUUUAACGAGACAUCGAACAGAGGUUGUAGUAUUUUCCCUGGAAUCUGUUUUUACCUAAUAUAUAGUAAUAGUGUUUGGGUUAAAAAAGUCACCCGAUUAUGUGUGGCUUCCAUAAAAUUAAAAGUAACCCUUUAUGGUUGCAUACAGUUUAAGCAGCCUAAAAAUCCUUUAGCUAAGAUUAGAAAAAAUCUCCUAAUUGUUUUGUUUUGUGUGUUCCCUUUCAUGGUAAUUGUUUGGUG